AUGGCUUCUCCAACAGCCUCUACCCGUCGCAGCCCCGGCUCGUCAGCUGGCUCGCUCAAACGAUCCGACGAACGAGCUUCAGUAGCACACGACAUCCCCCUCGAGACGCUGGUCACGCACUUGCUCGCUGCGAAGCGAUCGCUUUCAUCAAUGAAUCAUGUUCUCCGCGCCAACGAACUAGCUACAUCCGCCCGACAUGCGCAGGAAGAAGCUGCUCUACUGAGCGCCCAGUCCGGCUUCCUUCGCGGCGCUAUCCUUGACCAGGCUGCCAUCUUAGUCAAGGUGCGUCGCAGCCUUCAGGCAACAUACGACUGGGGAAAGCGCGAUUUUAGAGUCCUCGUCAAGUCCAUGGAUAGUGUCGAUGGCGAACUCGGCCGUACAAUAGAAUUUCUGCGGUCAACGGAAGUCAACAGCCUACUUCGUCCACAAGACGAGCAACGAAAGAAUCUACUCGACUUUGUCGAUGAAGAAAGCGGCAUUCAGCAAUCAUUUGAUGGCGACCUCCUCCGUUUCGACAACGAUAUCCGCGACCUCAAGAAAAUCAUUGUCGAAUCGCAAACCCAAGAAUCAGACGACGAGGGCCAAGAGUCGCAAGCCUUCGCGAUGGACAUGGUGAUGGACCUAGUCGAAAAUUCAAGCGUGAUGGCCCAACUGUUGGCAUCACUAACAAACCACUUUGACAUGUGCGUAACGGCCAUACGGACAACAGAGGGCGGUGCGGCGCUAGCUCGCCGCCGAGCUGCCGAGGUGAACCAUCUUCAGGGCAGCGAUGGUGUAUCCAUCUCGGGAGUUAUUGCCGAGCAGGAAUCCAACAUGUCGGACUUGGAGCCAACGACAGAUGGCGACCGAGCAGAGAUGCUUCGGGUCGUGGUGCAAGAUGCAGGCGAGGUCAGCGAUGUUGUGCAAGAAAUUCAAGAGCGUCUUGUAGUCAUGGAACAAGACGGCAGGGUUCUGGAGCAGCGGAACGCCGAUGCCGAAAAAUCCUAUAUUACCAUGCUUGAGGCGUUUACGAUACUGGGAAGUAUCGGUGACCGUCUGCACGACUAUCUCGCAGCCGAACAAGAUUUUAAAACCCGUUGGGAGCUAGAGAAGGAGACUGUGUUUGACAGACUGGCAGAGAUGAAGGUGAUGAGGGGCUUCUACGACGGCUACGCAAGUGCAUACAAUACGUUGAUCUUGGAGGUGGAGCGCCGGAAAGCUGUUGAAGACCGGGUGCAAAACAUCUGGCGCAUGGCGCAAGACAGCGUGGACAAGCUACUGGCGGCCGACGGAGCAUCUCGAGAAGCAUUUCGGCAAGACGUGGGCGAAUACCUGCCGACCGAUCUGUGGCCAGGAAUGCUGGCCGUGCCGCAGCGAUGGCAAUGCUCAUUGACAGCAAAUUCCAGGAGUAACCGCAGCAGAGUACAGGAUUUCGGGCGUAUUUCUAUUUCUUUCGUCGUCAUCUUCGUUUCGUUCGGCCGGCGCAUGAUAAAACUCUUCGUUCUGCGGGCGAGUGACCUCGCUGAGCCCCACAGGCCAAAAAGACGAGCAGUGCACAACCCGACCACAACUGUCGACAAGGACAAAAAGAAGAUGUUUGACAAGACUGGGAUUUGA